AUGGGAGCCAUCCUUCUGGAAGGACACCUUGUCGUCAAGGAUAUUGAGCAAUGGUGCUUGCGGAAGCGCCGCCGAGGCCGCAUCGACCCGGUCCUAGCAGUCGUAUUCUUCAACACAGACCCUGCUGCCGAGCAAUAUAUCCGAAUCAAAGCACACGUUGCUGAAAAGGCGGGCGUCGGAUACUGGGUGUACGAAAUCUCUCCCGAAGCCUCCUCGGCCCAUGUCCAGAGACAGAUUCAAGAACUCAACGAAAACGAGCAGGUGCACGGUAUACUCAUUCAGCGCCCAUUGCCGGAGCACCUCAACGAGCCCAAGAUCAUGGCGUCCAUCGACCCGGACAAACACAUCGAGGAGUACUGCGAGGGGCAGCCCAGCAACAUUGCUGCCGACGCCCUUUGUCGCCUCCUCUCCAAGCAUGGGAGGAGCCGUGUGUUGUGUGAGUCCGUCGUACACGUUGUGGGCUUUGGCAUCAUCACCGAUGGUUUCACGUCGCACAUGAGGCACCACUACCCGCGGGUCAGCGUUUCUCCCAAUCUUCCCAAAGUCACGGGUGACGCAAAACCCGGUUCGGAGCAUGUUGAUCGACCAGCCGUACUCAUCACGGAGCUUCAUCGCGGGCCUGGCUUCAUCAAGCCGCGUAUGAUCCGUCCCGAUGUGCGGGUAAUUAUCGACCUUGGCUUUUAUUCCACGGAACAGGGCGUCAUCGUUGGGGACCUCGACCACACGGUGUUUGAGAAGGAUGAGCUUGCCGUCGCUCCGACACCCGGUGGUGUGCUGCCUGUGCUGCCGUGGUUGAUGAUGGAGAGGACUAUUAGAGCAAAACGGCUUUUGACACAGAGAGAGUCGCGAUUUUGCUGCAUGUGUCAGUAG